GGAGCUUAUAAAGUGGUUUGCUUGAAGCAAUAUUGACCAGACUCGUCAUUAUAAUGAGACAAUGAGAAAUGAAGCGGGCUGUACUGACUAUCAACACAAUUAAGUUGGCUCCCGCGACAUCCUAUCGGGGCACAGCCAUUAGGGUUGGCCGAGUCUAUCAGCUGUUUAUUGUCAUUAGCCGAGCAGGUUCGAUUCGACUAGCUAUAGAGGAAUACUGGCGGGGUCUUCUCCAUUAUACUGAAGGUAUUGGCUCCACUGAAGGUCCCAUCAAUAUCUUGCUUUAAUUGAAAAUCGCGCGGGUCAUUGACGAUCAGUUUC